UCGGUUUAAUAAUUCGGCGAGGAGGAUUUUGGUUUAUUUAAGACGGCCGUGAAAGUAACUGUGACGGAGGGUAUUUCGCCGUCGGGAAUAAUCAAUGGGAGGAGGAGGAGGCAUGGAGGAGCUGACGGAAGAUGAGAAGAGAGCUCUAAGAGGAAGCAAAUUCGCUCCUCUUACUUCUCUUCCCUCCUCUUCUCGCUCUCAGCUGCCCAGAUUGGCUCAUCCAGGUGGACCCUUGAAGACGAACAAGGCGGCGGCUUUAGCCAAGUUUCUAGAAAGGAAGCUGCAGGAUCCCAAUGGGUUGUCUUCCAUUGAUCCUGAUCUUAUCGAAUUAGCCGUCAAAAACGCCAGAGACACCGUUAUUUCCAGUGGGGCUUCGAGUUCAGGAAGAAGAAUCCAACACGUUGCCAAAUUUGAAGACGUCGAGAUAUCUUCUGAUGACGAUAAGAUAGAGAACACUAAGCUUACCAAAAAGAAAAAGAAGAAAAACGCAAAGAAGAAAAAAGAAGAGAAAAAGAAGAAGAAAAACAAAAAGCAUAAGCAACAGAUCAUAGUCGAUGAAGAUGCCAAGUUGAAGAGACCCAAUAAGAAGUUGAAGCUUUAGUGUCCCUUUUUUGCUUAUACAUUGGUGGUUGCAUAUUUGAUAAAGAUGGACAUGGACUAGGGUCAUGAGCUUUCUUAUUUUAUCUGUCUUUAUUUGGUUAAAUAUUAGACUGGAGUUGUUUGUGGCUUUGGAAUGAAUAGCUUCAUGAAUCUGGAACAUGUUUUUUUUUAUUGUUCAAAAUUUGAUUGUGUUUUAGCAUU